UAACGUCAUCAAGACGCGCCUCUGUGUGCUUGUGUGACUUCGGGCACUCAAGACGGGUAUCAGAUGGUGUUUUGGUCAAUAAAAAAGGUUCAAAAUGCCUAUGAAAGGAAGGUUUCCGAUCAGGAGGACUCUGGAGUAUCUCCAGAAGGGCGACAUCAUCUUUAAAAACAGAGUGAAGAUCAUGACGGUGAACUACAACACACACGGAGAGCUCAGCGACGGAGCAAGGAAAUUUGUGUUUUUCAAUAUUCCUCAAAUUCAGUACAAAAACCCAUGGGUCCAAAUAAUGAUGUUCAAAAACAUGACACCGUCACCGUUCUUGAAGUUCUACCUGGAUGAUGGAGAACAAGUGCUUGUAGAUGUGGAAGGGAAGGACUAUAAACAAAUAUCACAACAUGUUAAGAAGAUUUUGGGCAAAUCAGAAGAAGUGUUAAAAGCUGAGGCUCAGGCCAAGAUGCAGGCCUCCAACCCGGCCAACUUUGGGCCAAAGAAGUACUGUCUGAGGGAGUGUAUCUGUGAGGUGGAGGGCCAGGUGCCGUGUCCUGGCACCACGCCGCUGCCCAAAGAGAUGACAGGCAAAUACCGUGCCCAGAUGGCAGCGUCACAGGAGUGAGAGGCUGAGGAGGACAGCAGACUUUUGUAGAUAUACUGGACAAUAUUUUGGCAUUGUGAGGUUUGAUUUGGUUUUAUAUGACUACAUGAGAGGAGUGGCGCUCCAGUUCAUUGUGAAGCAGCAGGAACCCACCAACACAUCGUCGAUGUUUAACAGUCAGUGCUUUGGACUAAGUUUGGAUAAGUGGACAUCACAACUUGUCUUUAUAUAUGACGAGACCUGGUUGAGGAACCAAAUCAUCCAUGUGAGAUUUACAUCUGAUAUCCUGAGCUGAAUACUGUAAACAUUCAAAUAAAACUCAGAUUUGCCUCAGUGCA